UCAGGAGCUGCUUGUGACUAGUUGCAGAAAAGGGAUGUUGUGGGAAGUACUCCGCUGCUUGGACUAAACCACUGAGGAGGACACAGGGACAUUCUGGGAUUUUGACAGUGGACUGCAACAGCUUGGCCUGCCUGAGAGGAGGACCAGAGAGUUUUGUGAGUUCUGGCCUCCAACAGCCGUCCUUCAUCAUAAUAUGAUCUGCACAAAGGAAAGACUGGAUGUUCCUUCCCUGCAGCUUCACCAAUAAAAUUUGAGGAUCCCUUCAACCAGUUUCCCGGACGGUGUCUUGAAGUUUUUAUCAAAGACUUCUACCUGUGACUCCCAUCACUACUGCUUUGCCAAUAUUUAACUUAGGAUUUAUCUGACAGCUUUUGGAUAGUGGUUAUUAAUUGCAAUCCAUCUUAGUACUACUGAAACUCAGUUUGAGGAACUGCUUAGACUGUAUUUGCUCAUUCAUCCCAUCCCAAACUGACCUCUGCCAGUGACUUUAUGGAGUGGAUUUGAAAAUGAGACACAAUAUUACUUGAACUCCAUUUUUUGGUUACUAUUAAUUACUGGAUUGUAUCGCAGCUUAUAAAAGCACUGACAGACAGCCUCUUUGAGGUUUGAGGUCUGCAACGACUCCUUGAAAAUCUGAGCACUGCAGGAUCACCUGGACUUGUCCAUCAACAGUCAUGGAUUCUGUAGCAGCUAGGAUGGCCAUGGUGACUGAUUCCCCCAACCUGUCGCUGAGGUCGAGGACUACUAUGACAACAGAUGGGGACUCUUUUGUGAGCUCUUCCAGCCUUCCCUGCAGCCACUUCCUGUCCGCCAACGUCAUCAAUGUUGUGGAGAAAUGUAUGAGCUCAAUGCAGAUGGGGACCCAGAUGGUGAAGCUCCGCGGUGGUUCCAAGGGUCUGGUGCGGUUCUUCUAUCUGGAUGAACACAAGUCCUGCAUCCGCUGGAGGCCAUCGCGCAAGAAUGAAAAGGCCAAGAUCUCUAUCGACUCCAUCCGGGAGGUGUGUGAGGGUAAGCAGUCUGAGAUCUUCCAGCGUUACUCAGAGGGCAGCUUCAACCCCAACUGCUGCUUCAGUCUGUACUAUGGAGAGCACAUGGAGUCCCUGGACCUAGUGUCCAGCACUGGAGAGGAAGCACGGACCUGGAUCACAGGCCUCAAAUAUCUAAUGGCUGGCAUCAGUGAUGAGGACAGCCUGGCCAAGAGGCAGCGUACCCGAGACCAAUGGCUGAAGCAGACCUUCACCGAGGCUGAUAAGAAUGGUGAUGGCAGCUUAAGCAUCAGUGAGGUCCUCCAGCUCUUGCACAAGCUCAAUGUCAACCUGCCACGACAGAAAGUCAAACAGAUGUUCAAGGAGGCAGAUACAGACGACAACCAGGGGACACUGGGCUUUGAGGAGUUCUGUUCCUUCUACAAGAUGAUGUCGACCCGCAGGGACCUGUAUCUCCUGAUGCUCACCUACAGCAACCUCAAAGACCACCUUGACACAGACAACCUAGCCCGCUUCCUCGAGACUGAGCAAAAGAUGACCAAGGUGACCAAGGACCACUGCCUGGAGAUAAUCAACAAAUUUGAGCCAUGCUCUGAGAACCAGAAGCAAGGAGUUCUGGGAAUUGAUGGUUUUACGAAUUACAUGCGCAGCCCAGCGGGGGACAUUUUCAACCCACAACACUACAACGUAAACCAGGACAUGACCCAGCCACUGUGCAACUACUUCAUCGCCUCCUCACACAACACCUACCUGAUGGGUGACCAACUGAUGUCACAGUCCAGGGUGGACAUGUAUGCCUGGGUGCUGCAGGCCGGCUGUCGCUGUGUUGAAGUGGACUGUUGGGACGGUCAGGACGGUGAGCCCAUCGUUCACCAUGGCUACACCCUCACCUCCAAGAUCCUCUUUAAAGACGUCAUCGAGACCAUCAACAAGUACGCCUUCGUCAAGAAUGACUACCCAGUCAUCUUGUCAAUAGAGAACCACUGCAGUGUUCCUCAGCAAAAGAAAAUGGCCCAGUACCUGAUUGAAAUCCUGGGGGACAAACUGGACCUGUCUAACAUAAAGGCUGACGAGUCUGGAUGGCUACCAUCACCGGAAACACUCAGGGGCAAGAUCCUUGUUAAGGGGAAGAAACUGCCUCCCAACAUUGAUGAGAAUGCAGAGGAGGGAGACGUGUCGGACGAAGACAGUGCUGAUGAAAUGGAGGAUGACUGCAAGCUGAUGAACGGAGAUACAUCAGCGAACAGGAAACAGGUGGAGAACAUGGCAAAGAAAAAGCUGGACAACCUGAUGAAGGAGUCUAAGAUCAGAGACAGGGAAGACCCAGACAGCUUCACCAUUGCAGCCCUCCCACCUGCUGGGAAGCCCACAGACAAAACUGGCUCUAAGGGUAAAAGUGAGGAUGGGACGGACACAGCGGAUGAGGCUAAUCCCAGCAGCAACAAGCGUACAGGCCGCUCCUUUAUUGGCAGCUUUUCUAAACGCAAGCAGAAAAAGACAUCCAAACUGAAGAAGACCUCGAGCUUUGAAGACACAGAUACAGACCAAGAGAGUACAAGUAGUACCUCCCGUGCCCCCUUGCACCACAGCAAAAAGAAAAAGACCAUGAAGUUAUCAAGAGCUCUGUCUGAUCUGGUCAAAUACACUCGUUCUGUGGGUCUCUAUGAUAUUGAGGCACAAGCUAACUGCAGCUGGCAGGUGUCGUCGCUUAGUGAGACCAAAGCCCACCAGGUGAUGCAGCAGAAAGCUUCAUCCUUCAUUCACUUCAACCAGCAACAGCUCUCCCGCAUCUACCCUUCAUCUUACCGCGUGGAUUCCUCCAACUUCAACCCGCAACCCUUCUGGAAUGCUGGCUGCCAGCUUGUUGCACUCAACUACCAGUCAGAGGGCCGUGUCCUCCAGCUCAACAGAGCCAAGUUCUACAGCAACGGCAACUGUGGCUACAUUCUCAAGCCCACCUGCAUGUGUGAAGGAGACUUUAACCCCAACCUGGAGGACCCACUGCCAGGUCAGAUGAAGAAACAGCUGGUACUGAAGGUCAUCAGUGGACAACAGCUGCCUAAACCCAAAGACUCAAUGCUCGGAGACAGAGGAGAGAUCAUUGAUCCCUUUGUGGAGGUGGAGAUAAUUGGCCUUCCAGUGGACUGCUGCAAGGAGCAGACCAGAGUGGUGGAUGAUAAUGGGUUCAACCCGAUGUGGGAGGAGACUCUGGUGUUCACAGUCCACAUGCCAGAGCUGGCCUUGGUGCGUUUCCUUGUGUGGGAUCAUGACCCCAUCGGCCAGGACUUCAUCGGCCAGCGCACAAUCGCCUUCAACAGCAUGAUGCCAGGUUAUCGUCAUGUGUACUUGGAAGGUAUGGAGGAGGCUUCUGUCUUUGUUCAUGUAGCUGUGAAUGACAUCACUGGUAAGGCCAGAACAGCCAGCGGCAUAAAAGGGCUGUUUCACAGAAACCCAAAGCAGGCUUCCCUGGACAGCCAUGCUGCUGUACAGCACAGUCGUAAGCACCCGUUUGGUGCCCAUCUCCUGCGCCGUACUGCAAGUGCACCCACCAAAGGCCAGCCCAAAAUCAAGAAGGGCUUCCCAGAGAUUGCCAUCGACACCAAAGACUAUAGCUCAGAGGGUGCAAGUGAGGAGCCAGACUCUGAGGACAAGGCCUCUACUGCCACCUCUCAGCAGCCUACAUCACCGUUACACCACAACGGGGACACUCUGGCAUCCCACCAAACCAAGGGGCCCUGGGACCAUCCUGACACCAAUGGGGCUUUUCACCCUGAGAAGGGUAAAGACUGUUCCACAGUGCAGAGACCAGCUCCCCCAUUUCUAGCACUGAACUCUGAAGACCCCAGGAACACACAUGUCAUCUGCUCAGUCUCCACUCCAGGAAAGAGCCUGUCUUUGCAUCAGUCCUCAUCUGCACCACUGCACUCAGCAUCCACAGCAAUAAAUACAGAUCCCCCACUGACUGUUCCUUCAAAUGGGGUGGUGGACAGUCCUAUCAAGGUGAGCAGGGACCCUAAGAAACCCCCUACCCUUUCCACAACCACGUCAUCCACUCUGAUGAACCCUGUCGAGAAAACUGGACCAUCACAGAGUGCUCAAAACAUUGAGACCUACAGAAGCAAACAUUCAUUCAUGGAGCACAUGCAAAACCAGAAACAAAACCUAGAAACUCUGACACAUAAGAAAAAUGACCCAGCAGACUUAAAGUUUGAUCGAAGAACAGAGCCUUGUGCUGCAGCAUGCGUGUCAACUGGAACCCCUCAAGUCCCUGCAGCUGAUAUAGCCCAGACCAGGCGAGCACUUUUUAGCAGCACACCAGUAAGGAGAACAAAAAGUGAGGGACAUGUUCAAGUGGCUCAGUCAGCAGUACCAGAAGUCUGCACAGAUGCUACCAUGAACGACCGCCUUUGGAGCAAGUUAGAGCCAGGCAGCCACCGUGACAGCAUGUCUUCAUCCUCUAGCAUUUCUUCCAGCGACACCGUCAUUGACCUAUCCCUGCCUAACUUGGCCAGGAAGAGCCUCACUAGCCUGCACACAGCUGGCAGCACCUGCGAUCCUCCCUGGGUCAACUGCCGUCGCUCAGCAUUAGUCUCCUAUGAUGCCCUGCGAGUCAGCAAGAGUAAAUCAAACCCCAAUCUUCAACAACAUGAGUGCCCCAAAGAUGAGCUUAAGCCUCGCCCCUUACAGUUACCCAAGGAAGAUACCAUGGACUCACCCAGCAGACUGACUCAAAGGAGGCACACAUGGAGCAGGCUCUAUAUGGAAGGGCUCAAACAGUCAUCAGCUAGCAGGCCAUCCUCUGCAGCUACAACACCAACAACUACAGCUUCCUUGUCCAAAAGCCUUGGGGAUCUGACCUCUGAUGACAUUUCCUGUAAUUUUGACAGCAAGUAUCGGAGCAUCAGCCGGAGCUUCAUUGUUAGGCCAACCAGGGAACAGAUCCACAAGGGAAGCUCGCUGAAGUCUCGACCAUCCAGCAACCUGACUGAGCAACUGAGGAAGCUGACAAAUGUGGAGCCCCUGACAGCUAGCGACUUCGCCCAUGAAAACAGGCCUAGAGAAUCACAGGAGGAGACUGUGGAUGAGACCCUGGUACGUAGGACCUCCUCAAGGAGCCAAAGCAGGGUGCGGUACAUUGCAAACAGGGCGAAGAAGGCCCAGGAGAGGCAGAGGCUGCAGGGCCUGAUCCAGGGCAGAAGUGCAAGCUUCAGCCUCACUGGUAGCAUUGGCGAUGGCAGUAGUGCUAGCCCCAUUGAGGAGCGAGGGAAUCCUGAAGGGGCAUGUUGCGUGGCCCAGAGUCCGUGCACCAGUCUGGACCUGCUGAGUCAGCUCACACCCCUAGGAACUCCCUCCCCGAGACAGUCCCAGUCAUCCCCAGACCCUGAAAACAGUGAAGUCUUUUUCAUGCUCAAACUCUAAGAACUGCCUGACUUGGAACUGAGUCAGACAGACACAGCUGGAAACUUUGGAACACACUCCAGUUUUUCUAAAGUAGAAAUUCUUUGGAAAUAAAGUUGCAGAUCUUUACUGAUAUCUCACAGAAAACUGGUUCACAAUGCUGAUCAUUUCAGUGUCUCACAGAAAACUGUGUUCUGCUAUACGUAAUCCAUAAACGAUCAAUUCUGUAUCUUGUGCAAGAUCCAUUUUUUAAACUGUGCAUUCAGAAAAACAUUGUCUUGAAGCUACUGGAGAGCAUUUCUUCUAAGAGCAACUACUACAGCUCAGUCAGCUGUUUGCAUCACAUCUUUGGUAAUUGCCAGAAUGUAUUUAGUGAAAAAUACCUGGAGUUUUUAUAUAGCUGUUUAUGUUGAGUGUGACCGCUCUCAUGUUUGAGUAUUUUUUGGGAACUUGAGCAUACAGUAGCAAUAGAACAUGAUUAGAGGGCAGGAUUUGAAGUGAUCCAUACUUUUUAUUUUUACUUUACUAUAAUUGUAAUGGCAUACUUUAACUGAGCACAAAUUUAGAUGCAUUCAUCCAUCUGCUAGCAAUACUCUGAAAAUGAUGGCAUGGUACCAUGUUGAAUAUAAUGUACAGUUUGAUUCUGAAAAUUGAGGCUUAUCUCAUGUCUUUGCUAAAAAAAAGGAAGGAAUUACUCCUAUAAUGCAGAUCAAAAAGUCUUCAUUUUUAGUAUUUUUGUGUAUUGGUCCCAUUGUAAUUUGACUGAGCUGCCAAUAUUUUGCAAACCUCUCUAAUCUGUGGCAUGUCAAAGCACUUUGAUCCUGUACAUUAAAGCAGUGGUGGACUACUCCACAGCAAGUUUAGUCCUUUUUAAGUUGACUGCAUGUCUUUUAUGUACUGUGAUGUUAUUUUACAUAGACUUUUUAUAUUUAGAUUUGUUAAUAUUCCAAACUUAUGUUUCGUAUAAUCUGACGUUGGUCACAACAGCAUCAUGCCUGAAACCCUGUGUUCUCAUUGGUUCAUGAUAUUAAUACAAGAUGGAACUGAUCCGUAAUGAAGCACGUUUAUUUGUUGGCCUGCUGUAUUGUUUGCACUGCAAUGCCAGUUCUUUGUGCAAAAUUUGAGGGACAAUAUUUAAUUCAAACAUUGUGUAAUUAUGACUUGAAUAAAUCUCAAAUGAAUAUUA